AUGCCUCUCCGGCUGCUAAUUAACGGUUGUCAAUGCUUCCUCUCAAUCCUUCUCACGGCCACUUUCCCCUCCUUCUGCCCCUCCCCCUCCUCUUUCCUCCUCUUCUUCCUUCUCUUCCUCCAUCACCCGCACGGGCCGAGUCCCGCCCACUGCAAUGAUGGGUCAACAACGACUGGCUCUGGUCGAAUCAUGCUUCAAGUCUUGAAGCUUGGCAAUCAACAUGGACCUACAACACCACCACCACCACCACCAACAACAACAAUGCUUUGCUCACUUAGUCCACAAACUAUUGGCAAGCCCGGAGGAGAUGCCAUCCAACUGACCAAUGUAGCGCUCUCAUUAUCCGCCAUUCUCAACUUCGCGCUAAUGACGAACCUCCCCAAGACCCUGACAGGAACCUCAUGGUAA